AUGGCGCUUACCAUUUUUAUCCUCAGGCUAUUCGUCUGCAUCUUGGCAUUUCCCGUGUUCCUGCUUAACACUCUAGGCUUGUGGAACCAGAUAUGCAAAAAAUGGUUCCCCUACUUCAUGCUGAGGUUCACCGUGAGGUACAACGAGCAGAUGGCAAGCAAGAAGCGGGAGCUCUUCAGCAACCUGCAGGACUUCGUGGGCCCCUCCGGGAAACUCUCCCUGCUGGAGAUAGGCUGCGGCACCGGGGCCAACUUCAAGUUCUACCCGCCCGGAUGCAGCGUGACUUGUAGUGACCCCAACCCCAACUUUGAGAAGUUCUUGAUCAAGAGCAUGGCGGAAAACCGACACCUGCAGUUCGAGCGCUUCUUGCUGGCUUCAGGGGAGAACUUGCCGCAGGUGGCCGAUGGCUCCAUGGACGUGGUGGUCUGCACCCUGGUGCUGUGCUCCGUGGGGAGCCAGGAGCAGAUCCUCCAGGAGGUGCACAGAGUGCUGAGGCCGGGAGGGGCUUUCUUCUUCCUGGAGCAUGUAGCAGCGGAGAGCUCAACUUGGAUUUACUUCUGGCAACAAAUCCUGCAUCCUUUCUGGUACCUGCUGUUUGACGGGUGCCACCUGACCAGAGAGAGCUGGAAGGCACUGGAGGCGGCACCCUUCUCCAAGCUCAAGCUGCAGCACUUCCAGGCGCCGCUGUCCUGGAAGCUGGUGUGCCCCCACAUCUGUGGUUACACUAUGAAGUGA